UUUUUUUAGGUCUUAAUUACAUACAGAAUAAUGGCUAAUUUUGAAGAAAGUUCAGAAUCCAAGUUUAAGGAGUUAUUAGAAGCAGUAGCCGCCAAUAUUACACCCAAUGAAUUGUCGACACUGAAGCGACUAUGUAGCGGUAAAAUAGCUGAAGGUCGUUUAUGUAAAAUGGAGACUGGAGACUUAUUCAUAGCACUGCUAAAUGCUAAUAUCAUAUCACCAAAAAACACAACAUUUCUUGCUACUUGUUUGAGAAGUCCAGCUAUUGGAAAGAAAACACUGGCUGAUAAACUUACAACGUUUUCUCAAGAAAUAUCGAAUACAUCCCAAGGGCAAGCUGGAUCUUCUUUCGAGGGACAUAAAGGACAAGCUGCCCAGCCAAGUUCACAGACAAUACCAGCAUUCAAGACACUACUGAAGGAAAUUAGCGAUGAUCUUAGCCCUAACGAAGUUGAAGAGAUGAAGAAUCUGGUUAUUGGUGUACAGCUGCCACGAAAAGAUGAACACGAGAUCAAGAAUGGAAUGGAUCUAUUUAUUCACUUAGAGAAAACUGGUGCAAUUUCGGAUACCAAAGUAGACUUGCUUGUGAGAUUAUUAACUUCCAUAGGAAGACAACCAUUAGUGGAUAAAGUAAAAGGUGCCUUUCGUUAGUUUGUAUAUCUUCCUAAGUCAUAAUCAGAUUGUUUCCAUUUGAAACAUGACAA